GCGGAGCGUAAGUAAGAGCUUGAAUUUGAGUAGACGGAAUUACAAUUAAAAAGAGAGGGUUCUGAGUAACAAUUGGAAUAGGUGGAGGAGGAGGCGGCGGAGGAAGAUAGAUGACAUUAGAAGUCGAUUGUACAUGAAAUGAGGGAUGAUUAUGAUUUGAAUUAAUUUUUAUGUCUUUUAAAGGGAUCGGUUUUGUAAUAGUUGGUUUUUCUUUAUCAGCUGGCCGGCUACUCUUCUUGUUUGAUCGGGCCCAUUUCUUUAUAAGGUUCUUUCGGUAGCUUUGUUCGUGGGUAGGGAGCCAUUCCAUAGAACCUGUAGAGUCGAUGCGGACACGUGAGCGGAUAGGAAUUGUUUUGGGUUGUUCCAUUGGCAGACCAUGUUCUUUUGGUGGUGCGGCAGGAAGUGGGAUAUCCUUCACGGCUAUUGCUGGUGGUUGUUGUUGUUUGUCGUCGAUAGCAGGUGUUGGAACAUGAGCGGGGCAAGAAGGUGGCACUGCUGCUGUAGGCGGACCAGAAGGCUCAAUCGUAGCAUCACCAGCACUAACUGAAAUUUUAUUAAGAUCCUCAGCCAAUGGCUUCGGAACAGUGGGUUUCUUGAGUAAUUUAUGGGAGGCUGGAAUAUUGUUGUUGGAAUUGGGAAGGUGUCUUUGUACUUGGGCAUUUAAGCAUUUUACUUCUUUAAUAUUUCGACGUAAUUUUGAAGACAUAAUUUUAA